UGACAUAAGCCCUUGUCUACCGGCGAGAAUAGAAAGAAAGACGCUUCGAGAGAGAUCGUUCUCCGUUAAACCCUAGUAGAGAGUAUACGUCACAACAUGGCUUUCUUAAGUAAAGUUGGAAGGAUAUUUAGGCAGACUAGCGCCCAUGUCACUGCCUCUAACUCAAUGCUACAGAGCAUCCGUUGCAUGUCUUCCUCAAAAAUCUUUGUUGGAGGUAUCUCCUACAGCACUGACGAGUUUGGCUUGAGAGAAGCUUUUAGCAAAUAUGGAGAAGUUGUUGAUGCCAAAAUUAUUGUGGACCGUGAAACUGGUAGAUCAAGGGGUUUUGCUUUCGUAACGUUUACUUCAACCGAGGAGGCUAGUAAUGCCAUGGAAUUGGAUGGACAGGACCUUCAUGGUCGAAGAAUAAGGGUGAACUACGCUACUGAAAGAGGAAGUGGAUUUGGAGGAAGGGGAUUCGGUGGUCCUGGUGGUGGCUAUGGGGCUCCAGCUGGUGGUUAUGGAGGCGGUGGUGGUGGUGGUUACGGUACUCCAUCUGGUGGUUACGGAGGUGGCUCUUCUUAUGGUGGAAAUGCUGGUGGUGGUGGUUAUGGAGGUAACUCUGCAUAUGGUGGCAAUGCCGGUGGUGAUGGUUAUGGAAGCAACUUUGGUGUCGCCGGUGGUGUUGGUGGAAGUGACAACUUUGCACAAGGCAGCUCUUCUAGUGCUGGCUUUGAUGACAAGUUUAGCAGCGACGUACCACUAGGCAAUGAUACGGACCAUCAGCUUGAAAGCGGUGAACAGUUUGGUGGCAGUGACAAUCAAUUUGGUGACUCAGAGAACCGUCAAACAGAGGUUGGCCCAGAUGGGUUUGAUCAGACUGACGAUGGUGAUGUUGCCAAGAGAGCUUAAUCUCUCCAUAAUGUUGAGCCUCUGCAGUUUCAGAAUAAACUUAUGGAAGUUUCUUAAUUUAUGUUUUUAAAGUUUGGGGUUGUUUAUCAUGUAGAAACCUCUAUUGUUGGUUGGUUUUUAAUGUUUUCUGGCAUUUGAGGCUCCUAAAUAAAAAUUGUAACAACUUAAUAACACUCUUAUUCUAGUUGAGAUUUUCGACUAGAGACUACCAGUUCAAUUGGUUAAUAAGAUCUUCGAAACCGAAA